AAAGGGAAAAACUCCCUCACAAGAUUCACCUCGAAGUUGCAGUUGCAGUUGCAGUUGCAGUGCUGCAUUUCCGCCAUCUUCUCUCCUAAGCUACCAAAUCACUAUUUAUAUCCACCAAGAACCAAUAAUUCCUUUACUUAUCUGCAAUUUCAUUUUUCUAUAAACCCAACCCCUACCUACUCUCUUUCCCUUUCCAAAUAAUUUAUCCUCUCAAUCUUUAUCUGCAGUGUAUAGCAUUGUAGUCUCACGUUGCCAUUUCAUCUGCGGUUAAGCUCUAACCAUGAGGAGUGUUGUAUCUUUCAUUGCCACUCUCGCCCUUCUUCAUUAUUCUACCUGCAGUUUUGCGCUUCCCGUUCUUCACCCCCAAGAUUUCUUGGCGUUACAGGUCAUUCGGAAAAGCAUGCAUGAUUUGCCCGGCUCUCACUUUUUCGCUUCCUGGGAUUUCACUUCCCACCCCUGUAAUUUCCCCGGUGUUCUCUGCGAUGCUGAUAGGGUUAUCUCCUUGAAUCUCGGGGAUUCCACUGCCGGGUCGCCGGGUUUAACCGGACGGAUUGACCCGGCUAUUGGUAAGCUUUCUGCUCUCGCCGAGUUUACUGUGGUUCCCGGGAGGAUAAUCGGUACAUUGCCGGAAAAUCUGUCGCAGUUGAAAAAUCUUAGGUUCCUAGGCAUCAGCCGGAACUUUUUGUCGGGGAGGAUUCCGGCGGCGAUUGGUCAGCUUAAGAGACUACAAACGCUUGAUCUUAGUUUCAAUCAGUUCACCGGAAGUAUUGCUCGGGAAAUCGGAGCCUUGCCGGAGUUGUCCAACGUCAUUCUCUGUAACAACCGUCUCUCCGGUUCAGUCCCUCCGUUCGUCUCCCAAACCCUAACCCGCCUCGAACUCAGACAUAACAACCUUUCCGGUUCACUCCCGCCGAAUGCUUUCCCUUCCUCGCUUCAGUACCUUUCUUUGCCGUGGAAUCGGCUCACAGGCCCCGUAGACCGGAUCCUAACCCGGCUAAACCGGUUAAACUAUCUCGAUCUAAGCUCGAACCAGUUCACCGGCUGCAUUCCGGGAAUCAUAUUCAGUUCCCCGAUCACAAAUCUGCAACUUCAGAGAAACAAAUUCUCCGGUCCGAUUUCGCCGGUUAAUCAGGUGACAAUCCAGACCGUUGAUCUCAGUUUCAACCGUUUUUCCGGUGAAAUAUCUCCAUUUUUCUCGACCGUACAGAGCUUAUACCUUAACAACAACCGCUUCUGGGGUCAAGUCCCCGGCGGCUUAGUGAAGCGGUUACUAUCGGCGAAUAUACAGAUUCUGUAUUUACAGCACAACUACCUGACCGGAAUGGAGAUCAAUCCGACGGCAGAGAUUCCGAUAAGGUCAUCGUUGUGCGUGCAGUAUAACUGUAUGGUUCCGCCGGUUCAGACCCCGUGUCCGUUGAAAGCUGGGAAGCAGAAGAGCAGGCCUACUGAGCAAUGUGUUGAGUGGAAGGGUAGAAAGGGGAAUUGACGGCUGCAAGAUGGAAAAUAAAUUUACAGGAUUUUGUGUACCCAACGAGGAACUUGGUUCUCCAUCCAUUGAAGUCAAGGAAUCAAAAGAAUUUCAAAGGAAUGGGAGUGAGGAUGGUGGAAAUUUUAUUCCUCAUCUAGAACAGGGUUACAUUGGUCAAUUAGAUUUCAUAUGUUGAUGAUUUCUAUUCUUUUUUUGUUUUAAAAAGAAAAAUAUUCACAUUAUAUAUUAUGCAAGUAAUUCGUCUCGCUCAAA